CACCCUGAUCUCAACCUGAUCUCAACCCUGCACCCCCACAAGAACAGGCGGAAUGACACGAAGCGACAGAGGCGUCGCUGCUCCGGAGAGAGCCGCGCAGUGAGCGGCGGACAGUGCAUGGUGUCGGUGCUCAGCUCUGCUCUGCUCAGCUCAGACCAGACCAGACAGGCCUUAUUAAAAACACUGAUCACCACCGAGCUCCGACACAAGCUACAGCUGCGAUCGGCGCACUUUUUUGACGACAUUAUUUCCGGAUUGUAAACGAUUCGUGGUCGCAAAAGCGAGACGAGAGCGAUAAUAGAGCAACGAGGCGGCGGAUUUGUGAAGAUUAUAGUCAACAAAGUGCUCUGCACAAGACUGCCUCCUAAUCCCUGUGUGUGUGUGUGUGAGAGUGUGAGUGCGCCGGCUCUAUCUGGCUAUCUGCAGGAAGCUGGGUGGGGAACAUGUUCCUCUUGACUCCACACAUACACAUUAUGGUCAAAAGGCUGUCACACUAUUGUGAUUAGUUUACAUGAGGAUGGCAGAGGCUCCCAGGUCAUGUGAUUGUUUUGUGUCCUUGCCCCCUGGCUCUCUCGAUGACCAUGUGAUUUUUGGGAAGAACUCAGACCGUCCCCGGGAUGAGGUGCAGGAGGUGGCCCACUAUCCUGAAGCAUGUCACCCUCCAGGCUCCAUGCUGGAGUGCACAUACAUCCAGAUCCCUCAGGUGGAGCAGACCCGCGCUGUUAUCCUCAGCAAACCUGCCUGGAUGUGGGGCGCUGAAAUGGGAGCCAACGACCAGGGAGUCUGUAUUGGGAAUGAGGCUGUCUGGACCCGAGAGCCCGUCAGCCCCGGAGAGGCUCUGCUUGGCAUGGACCUCGUCAGACUGGGGUUGGAGCGCGGUGACAGUGCCUGGGCGGCGCUGACAGUGAUCACCAGCCUCCUGGAGCAGCACGGCCAGGGGGGGCAGUGCAGGGAGGACCCUGAGCCCUUCAGCUACCACAACACCUUCCUCCUGGUGGACCGCACCGAGGCCUGGGUCCUGGAAACGGCUGGAAGGCUGUGGGUGGCGCAGAAGGUUACAGAGGGUGUGAAGAACAUCUCCAACCAGCUGACCAUCGGUGCCGAGGUCUCCGCAGAGCACCCGGAACUGCGGAGCGUGGCCCAGGCUCAGGGCUGGUGGGACGGUGAGGGGGAGUUCAACUUCUCUCAGGCGUUCACCCCCGAGAACCCGCCUGCCAGGAUGGAGCUGGCCAAACAGCGCUAUAAGGGAGGCACAGAGCUACUCCAGCAACAUGACGGCUCAGUGACGGCAGCGGUGAUGAUGUCCAUUCUGAGGGACAAGCCCAGCGGCAUCUGCGCGGACUCUGGAGGUAUCCGCACCACAGGCAGCAUGGUGUCUGUCCUGCCCAGAGACAGCAGCCAGCCCUGCAUCCACUUCUUCACUGCCACCCCAGACCCCUCCAGGUCUAUAUUCAAGCCUUUUAUCUUCUCGGACUUUUCCACCCCAGUGCCGAGGGUGGUCUCCCCACAGUUCGGCCCAGACGACCCCGUCAGGAAGCAGCCUCGCUUUCAGAGCCAGGUGGACCGCAGACAUGACCUGUAUAAGGCCCACCAGGUGGCGCUCAACACCAUGGAGACCAACCCGGACGAGGGGUUAGCAGUCUAUGAGAUUCUGAGGGACCUGGAGUCGCAGUGUCUGAGUGAGAUUUCAGCCAUGCUGAGUGGAGAGAUCCCAGGAGAAGAACUGGGGGACUUGUUUUUUGAUUCCGUGGACACAGAGAUAAAGUUCUACCAGUGAGGAGCGCCCUCAGGUGGACAUCCGUAAGGCUCGCAGAGUUGCAGGAGAAGGCCCCCAGGACUGUUAAAAACUCUGUUCCUCGUCUGAUCGGCCUCUGCCUCGCUCACACAGCACACGUCCGUCAUUAACACAGACUAAAUGUCUAAACUGCACUGAUUGGAGCAAAUGUAUCAUCUGUAUCACCCAGGGAGCAAUGAGUGCACCUCAUUAGUGAGUAUCAUGAUGUAGACUACACAAGCGCCUAUGUAGAGCUGUGUGAAGUUGCACAAAUACUGUGAGUGUGGUAUUUGUGUAACAUGUUGUUUGUUGUUGCAAAGGAAUGGGUUGUCAUUUGAUGGCUACCUGUAGGGAAAAGAUUGAAUAAAGAAUGUGCAUAGUC